AUGGUAUACAGCAAGACUGCGAUUCUCUCUGUCUAUGACAAGACGGGGCUGCUAGACCUAGCCAAAGGUCUAGCGGAGAACAACGUGCGUAUACUCGCGUCUGGCGGGACGGCGCGGAUGGUGCGCGAGGCCGGGUUUCCGGUGGAAGACGUGUCUUCGAUCACCAAUGCGCCUGAAAUGUUAGGUGGGCGUGUGAAGACGCUGCACCCGGCUGUGCACGGUGGGAUCUUGGCCCGGAACCUGGAGUCGGACGAGAAGGAUCUUAAGGAGCAGGGAAUUGAGAAGGUGGACUUCGUGGUAUGCAACCUGUACGCUUUCAAGGAGACUGUGGCUAAGGUGGGCGUAACCGUCGAGGAGGCGGUCGAGGAGAUAGACAUCGGUGGUGUGACGUUGCUCCGCGCUGCAGCAAAGAACCACUCACGUGUGACAAUUCUUUCAGAUCCGCGCGAUUACUCACAGUUCCUCAGCGAGCUGUCGAAGGGCGAGAUUCCCGAGGACAUGCGCAACAAGCUUGCGCUGAAGGCGUUCGAGCACACGGCUGACUACGAUGCGGCCAUUGCGGAUUUCUUUAGGAAAAAGUACUCUGAGGGCAAGUCUCAGCUCACAUUGCGCUACGGUGCGAACCCUCACCAGAAGCCUGCGCAGGCCUUUGCGGCGCUGCAUGAUGAGCUGCCUUUCAAGGUGCUGUGCGGCUCCCCCGGAUACAUCAACCUACUAGAUGCAUUGAACUCCUGGCCGCUGGUCAAGGAGCUGUCUGCGUCUUUGAACCUUCCUGCAGCUGCAUCCUUCAAGCAUGUCUCGCCUGCUGGUGCAGCUGUCGGAUUACCGUUGUCUGACGUCGAGAAGCAUGUUUACUUUGUUGCUGAAAUCGAGAACCUAUCUCCAUUGGCAUGCGCCUACGCUAGAGCUCGCGGUGCCGACAGAAUGUCUUCGUUCGGCGACUGGAUAGCGUUAUCCAACAUUGUUGACGUUCCUACUGCACAGAUUAUCUCCAAGGAGGUUUCCGACGGUGUCGUGGCCCCCGGCUACGAGCCCGAGGCUCUGGAGAUCCUCAAGAAGAAAAAAAGUGGGAAGUAUUGCAUCUUGCAGAUCGAUCCAAACUACACUCCCGAACCGCUGGAGUCAAGGCAGGUGUUUGGUGUCACGUUGCAGCAGAAGCGUAAUGACGCCAUCAUCAACAAAUCUUCCUUUAAGGAGAUUGUUUCAGCCAACAAGGACCUACCGGAGUCCGCCAUUGUCGACCUGACUGUGGCGACUAUAGCGCUGAAGUACACGCAGUCCAACUCGGUUUGCUAUGCCAAAAAUGGUAUGGUUGUCGGCCUAGGCGCAGGUCAGCAAUCCAGAAUCCACUGCACCAGAUUGGCUGGAGACAAGGCAGACAACUGGUGGUUGAGACAGCACCCACGCGUUCUAGCUUUCAAGUGGGCGAAGGGUGUCAAGAGACCCGAAAGGUCGAAUGCGAUUGACCUAUUUGUAACGAAUCAGGUCCCAACUGAGGAACCGGAGAAAUCCGAGUACGAGUCCAAAUUUGAAGAGGUACCAACACCUCUUUCCGAGCAGGAGAGAGAGGAAUGGCUCUCGAAGCUAAACAACGUGGCACUCUCCUCUGAUGCUUUCUUCCCCUUCCCUGACAAUGUCUACAGGGCUGUGAAAUCAGGUGUUAAGUACAUCGCGGCGCCAUCUGGCUCCGUUAUGGACAAGGCUGUGUUUGCGGCCGCCGACUCCUUCGAGUUGGUUUACGUCGAAAACCCGAUCCGUCUGUUCCACCACUGA